GUCCAAGUGUAGAUUAUGUAAUCCAUGCUUGGAGCUUCAAUAGACGUCAUUCGCGCUAUAAUACUGUCCUCCCGUAGCAUAGGAGGGGGAUAGAGUGGGUUCUGUCUCAAGAAUUGUCUGGAUUUUGUUUGAGUUUGGUAAGAGAAGCAAUUUCAUUUGCAUAUGUGAUGGCAUGGGAUUUCGAUCAAAUUCAACCCCCAAUUUAUUGAGCCACUUUAAAACAACACUGGCUUGCUUCCAGCCAUCACCGCAACCGACACAUCAAACCAGCCUUGACUUCUUCUAACCGUAUAAUGUAGACACAAAUGUCUUCAAUCGUACGACCUCCAGAUCCAUGUCUGGUUGCUAUAAUCCUCAUCAUCCAAUCUCGCGCUGGUCCGCGCUUUGUCUAUCACUACCCUCCCAACCCAUCCACUAUCAUAGGCAGCAAAUCCCGCCGCAAUUCGCGCCGUAAAGGCGGUGCUAAAAGCUCUGAGUCUAGCCCAUCCAGCGAUGACGAUUGGUCAAGCUCUGACGACGAGGAGGACGAACGCGGUCAUUCCUCAGCUGGCGGUAAUUCCCUUAGUCAAGGAGUCAGCGAGCACAUCGGGAAGGGUGGACUGAGUGAAAAACUGGGUGAUAAAAAUUCCCAUGCACCAUCUGCUAGGGGGCAUAGUGUCUCCUCUUCCGUGCAGUUCAAGCGAAGAAGUGUGACGCCCGACCCUAAGCAGGAUAACCAGCCGGAUCCGGGAAGAGGGGAAGAUCUAGGACACUUUUACCAACCACCGUGGGAAUCUUUACUGGGACUGCCGACCAAUGUGUGGGAGAAAUUGCUAAGCCCACCCCCAUCAUGGCAUAAGCGGAGAUUUGAAGUGGGUCUUAACGACCUUGUAUUUGUGGGAUGGCCUGUGUUUGUGAGGGAAGAUGGGACCUGGAGGAAACGGAAGAAGAAGAAGAAGAAGAAGAAAGUUAGAAAGCAACGGCCGUCCGGGGAGCGCCAGGAACUAGGGGAUGACGAUAAAGAGAACGGUGAUCAGAAGAACGAUAUAAAACAACCGUCGGAAACAGAAGACGACAAUGACCCUGUUGCGGAAGACCAAAACAUCGUUCAAGAUCCCGUACCUCCUGGGUCUCCAGAAACUGAUAAGGAUUCGAUGACGAUGUUCAAUGUAGUUUUUGUAUUGAACCCACCUCUGCUAGAAUAUGGUUUGCGAGUGCGGGAGAAGUAUGAGAACGUGAUUAAGAAGUUUGGCAAAGGAUUAAAGUCGGAACAGGCAAGGGUAGACUACGUUUGGAAAGAGGCUCGGACGAUUGUCAAUAUCAAGGAGAAAGCGAAAGAAAGCAAAAUGUCACUGUCCAGACUCUAUUCGGAACUACACUCGAAAUCUUCCCUUGCUCGAGCAAUAUCUACAGUCUAUACAAGUAUUUCUAACUCUAGAAUCGCAUCGGUUACACUCACACCUGAAGCAACGAUGUCUCUUCAGGCUCCACCCUUAACUUCUACUUCUUAUCUUCCAAGUGCCACGGAAAAGGCCUACCCCGGUUUAUGGCUUACCACUGCGGAUAGUCUCUCCGCUACCGAUGAAGCUACAGGCAUGGAAACAAGCGAACCCAACCAGGUUCUAGCAAAACAUUUUGCGUUGCUUCUCCUAACUGACGAAGCAACGAUUCUAAAAGACAUUGAAGGGUCAAUUGGGCCUCUAGGCGCACGACUUGCACACUAUAUUCGUGUCUCUAAACCAACCAAAUCAUUUGCCCAAAUAUCUGCCCUCUCCGGAAUUCCUUUGAGUGACAUCCAAGUGCUUGCCAGCCACCUUGUCUACUGGCGGAGAGCCCGAGCCGUGCCUCCACUGAGCCAACGGGAUACAUAUAUCGUUUCCCCCAACGCCGACAUGAGCAAGCUUGCGCAGGCAGCUGAGGCUUACGAAGCUGCAUUCCCAACACUACCCAGCCUUCCGAAGAUGCUCCACGCUUUGAGCGAUACCCCUAAACCAUAUUCUAGAUUAAUACCCAGCAAGGACCAUAAGGAGAUAUAUUACGCGAUUCUGGCAUGGCUACUGAGAGGGGGUUGGGUUACUCAACUCCGAACGUUUGGAUGGGUCAGAGUAGACCCAGAGAUCAAACAAGCGGUGGAUGAGGCACUAGAAAGGGAGAAAGAAGAGAAAGAACUUGAAGAGAGAGUGCGUGCAGCAUCUUCCACCAAAGCAGAUUCUAAAAUUGAUAGUAAGCCCGUCGAUGAUGACGGCCAUGACGACAACGACGAUGCUGAAUCUUCAUCUUCGUCAUCUCUUGAGAGCGAAGACAGCGGCGAAGCAACCCCCGUCCCAAACAGGAUUUCAAACCAGCAAUACAACUACGACAAAUAUACUGAAACUCAAAAACAAAAAGGGCGGCUGUAUAGUUCUUCUCUUAUACUGCGACCGCACCGCGCAUCAUCCCUAGAGUCUCAUUGGCUGGACGAAAUUCUCUCGCGAUUCCCAGAACCCUCCUCCCAGCUUGCCAGCAUGGAUAGCUACAACGCUCCAUCACCAGAGGAGAGCAUCGAUGCCGAUUCUUCGCUUCAGAAAUAUUGGCCGCUUUUCACUAAAUACUUCAACGGUACAGAUGCACUGGAGAAAAUCCCAGUGCGCGAGGGCUUGAAUCAGAAGGUUGUUUGGCGCUUGCUCCAUAGAUUGGAUCGUAGCACACCGCAGCUUGAGAGCGGAGAGAAUGUUCCUUCGAAGGAAAAAGUGUUGGUUACUGUGAGACAUUGGUGAUAUAGCAUUCUAACUAAAGGAAGAAAUAUAUUCUCCUGGACCUUAUUUGGCAUUGGCGACCAUUAUCUCCUUUUCCUGUUGAAUGUCGCGAGAUUCCCUUUGCUAAAUUAAGAAUUUAUUCUUACUUCGGUAUGAUAUCUUCAUGCAUUCUGGCUAUUUGCUGAUAGUCGUUGUGAAUGUGAUUUGAGUAGCUAUCUGGCUUGUUAACAAGUAUGUUAAGUUACCCAUUAGAGUAAAAGAUGAAUGAAAGUGAAUAAAAAUUAGAUUCUGACCUCAGGAUCGUGGACAAAGGAAAUAGGGAGAGCUGGGAGUCAAUUAGGCUGAUUGUGAAGGAUCGACAUUAUCAAAGAGUAGCCAAUUAUAUUAAAUGACAGAUUUAAAAAGCGAGGCCUCCGAGGGAUGUAGGAGAGACCCUCCUGUCCGCCAUUUCAAUGCUUCCACUUGUUCAGUAAACAAUUUGAUGUCUCAGUGAAUAAUAAGUUCAAUAAGAAGGCAUAUGCAUUGAACAUUAGAAGAGUAAAUUACGGAAAAGGAGAGGAACAUGAGAAGAUUGGCUGGUGAGGAAUAGGGGAAUCUGGGCGGUGGGGAUGAAUAGAUGCUUGAAGCCAGAAACAAAUAUCAGAUUUAGUCGAUUAAUCAUCAACCACUGAAGAUACAUAAAAACAUAAAUAUAU